AUGGAUGGACACAUGAAGAUAAAGACAUCUGGUAUAGUUGAAAGUCUAAUGUGCUAUAUAGCCUUGCUGCUACAAACAAAACAUUCAAAUCUAUUGAAACCAUCACACUUAACCACCACCAUAACCGAUCAUCUGCUCCACUACUGGAAAUGGAGCACCACCGCCACCCCUUGCCCUUUACCCUCACCUCACCAGUUGUACGAUGUUCAUUGUCAUCCCCAUCACAGUCGACACAAUCAAACUUUACACCACCUGUCACAACCAUUCGACAGUCCGCACCCUCCUUCAUUCAUCAAAGCUAAUUCAAACACUAAGAUCCAGUUAAUGUAG